GCGCUCUGAGUCAGCCUAGCGUCUCCGCCUCCCCGGCCGGGAUACAGGCUCGGCGAGCUCCGGAGGGAUGGUUCCGCGGUGCCAGGUUGAAGUGUUGUAUUUUGCGAAAAGCGCUGAAAUAACAGGACUUCGUUCAGAGACCAUUUCUGUGCCACAAGAAAUAAAAGCAGUGCAGCUGUGGAAUGAGAUAGAAACGCGACAUCCCGGAAAAGAUAUGAAUGAAGCUGAAGAGAAACCUAAAGAUAUCAUAAAAUUCACUGCUGAGAAACUGUCAGUAGAUGAGGUCUCACAGUUGGUGACUUCUCCACUCUGUGGUGCAAUAUCCCUGUUUGUAGGGACUACAAGAAAUAACUUUGAAGGGAAAAAAGUCAUUAGCUUAGAAUAUGAAGCAUAUCUACCAAUGGCAGAAAAUGAAGUUCGAAAAAUCUGUAGCAACCUUAGGCAGAAAUGGCCAGUCAAACACAUAGCGGUGUUCCAUAGACUUGGCUUAGUUCCAGUGUCAGAAGCAAGCGUUAUCAUUGCUGUGUCCUCAGCCCACAGGGCUGCAUCUCUUGAAGCUGUGAGCUACGCCAUUGAUACUUUAAAAGCCAACGUACCCAUAUGGAAAAAGAGUCAAAUUCUUGGAGGAUUGUCGAUUCAUAUUAUAAGAAAUCCAGACCCUAGACUUUGAAAGCUAAGAACGUCGCUGCUGAGCUCCAACCCAGUCUUCCCACUUUAUAACGAGGAUGCUGACGUUUAUAGAGGCAGAGUGACUUGUCCGCAGCUUUAGGUGAGCAGUUUCUGACACAGCACAGUGCCCACUGCUUUGGCCUGUGCCCUUCUCCCAGUCCCACCUCCUCGAGAAUGUGUGGGCUCAGAAGUACAGAAAAGGAGGUACAGGAGGAGAAAUGGGUGGUGUUCCUCUGGUGGCCCAUUCCCAUCAUAAUGACAGGGUGCUUGUUAAAUACAGGUUACUGGGCCUCACCUAACCCCACCAGUAAGACUCAGAAUUGGGACCUAAGAAUCUACCGUCUGCACAGACUUGUCUAGGUGAAAGUCAUCCUGGAAGUUGAAGUCCUCUGGAAAAAGACAAGCAGAGAUGCACCUGCUCAGUUGGCGGUUUCCAAUUUCUCUUUGUACUUCCUUGCAAAUUCCUGAGAUGUUUUACUUUACUUGUUUACACUGCCUGAAAUUCCAACAAUUAGAAAUUCCCUCAGGCUUGUUUUUCUUGUUUAUCAGUAAAUGAAAAUAGCACCCUGAAGUGAAGGGGAUCAUAUAGUAAUUCAUGCAAGUGUGUAAGUUAAACAGAUGCCUUUUCCUAGUCACACCCAGAGAAGAGCGCUGCCCUGAGGGAAGGAUCUGGAUGAGGGUUAAAGGCAGGUGGGCAACUGGACUGCCGGAGAGGAAACUGCGUCAGUGUGCUUCUAGAAGAUGGGGCACCAGGAGGCGAGAGUGGGUCAAUGGAGAAGGAAGAAAAAUGCCAAAGGAGGUACUCAUCUUUCAGAAAUGGACUAGAUUCCUGCCAGCCAGCCAGUCAAGUCAGCCAGCUGUACAUCCUCAAGCAGAACGGAAAGGAAACUUCCUCCUUUUUCCUCUGGCACAGGCUGGUCCUCCAGCAGACAGGAUUUUACCAUAAAUGUUGGUACAGAUUUUAAGUAAAAUUUCGUGCUUUGGCUUCUAAACUACUCCACCCCCACCCCUCCCUUUAUUGGAGAUUUCCUCUGCAGGAGGCAUACUCCAGGCUCCCACCAGUUACUCAGGCAGGUUUGGGUAAGUGCAUCAUAGCAAGGGGACUGUGAGGAGGCCGCGGUGGGCUGACAACAGCAAAUUUUACCUAGUUUGUAAACAAAAUUGUCAAAUAUUCUCUGUGGUAACUUUGGAUGAGCAGCAUAAGUGAAGACCUGUGUUGUUUUUUUCACCAUCAACAUCAGUAUCCAAGCUAAUGAUAUAUCUAUACCAAGUACUUCCACUUUUGUUAUUGCUGUUUAAAAACAAUUCUUUUACAUUAUAGGGUUUCCCUACCCCCAAAAUCUGGAAAAGGCUGUCUUUUUCUUUAAGGCAUCUCAUGUUUGGAAGCAUUUCACCUUUGACAUAAUGCAUGUGAUAAUGUAAACUCUGGACCAGCCAGCGUAAAGAUCAUUUUUCCCAUAAAAAAUAAGUCUUUUACCCUUUGUACCCUUACCCCCUACCCCCCACAAUUUCUUUCCAAACUGGCCUGCAGUUUUCGUAAAAUAAAAU